UUUUUUUAAAAAAAAUAAUUAAUACUUUUUUUCCACUUUUAACACGUUACAAUUUUUACAAAAUUUCGUUUGUACGACGUUUCAUAUAAAAUGACUACAAUGACAGAUAAUAUAUUAACGGAAUCAAAUAAUGAGAAUAUAUUAACAAGACCAAGAAGUGAAAGAGUUUCUAUCGUACUUUCUAGUACAAGUUCCGAAACUUUAUCUAUUGAUACUUUAAGUUUAGAUGCUCAAUCAUUUAAAUCCAUUAGUUCAAGAUCUCCUUCAACAAUAAAUUUAACAUUUUCACCUACAGAUGAAAAUUUUCCUUCAAAUUUAACUCCAAAUAAUAAUAAUAAUAAAAAAAAGAAAAAUAUUUUUAUAUCUAUUAAAGAAAAGAUACCAAAUCCUACUGAUAUAUUACAUAAACAAAGAAAAAAAGAAAAUGAUUUUUUAGGUUAUUAUGAAUGUAGAAAUACUACUUCUUUAUUAAAUCCAAAAAUUUCUUUAUCUACUGCUAGAAUUAAUUUACAUGAAGGUGAAUCUGUUGAUGAAGCUAGACGUUUAGUUAUAACAAAAAUUAAAAAUUCUCCUUAUCUUAAUAAUGUUUCCAUUUUCAUUAUUACUGGUAAAGGUAAUCAUAUGAAUAGUACUAAUAAUCCUGGUAUUUUAAAUAAAAGUUUUCUUGAUUGGAUGAAAGAUGAUUCUAUUAAAAAUUUG